AUGAAGAACAACAACAACGCUAAUGACAGCACCAAACAUGCUAACAAAAAAGACCCAAACAUCGGCGCAACAAAAACCGACUACAAUUCACGUACCGAUUCUAACCGAUAUCAAAGCGACGACGAAACUGACCGCAAUUCGAACGCGAAUACCGAGACUAACCAAUACCACCGACGCACGAAACGGUCCAACUCGAUCGAAUAUUACGUCGAGGUUAUGAUAGCAGUUGAUAUAAGCAUGCAGAGGAUCCAUGGCAAUAAACUGGAAAGCUAUAUAAUCAACCUCAUGUCCAUUGUGUCACGCAUAUACAAACAUCACACAGUCGGCAACUACAUUGAUAUGAUACUAACGAAGAUUGUAUUGCUAGACGAAGCUACGAGCAAGCGAAUAAUUUCAUCAAAUGCCGUAAGUACACUGAAAAAGUUCUGUGCCUUCCAGCAAGAGCAUUCAACACACAAUGGAAUGAUCGACCACUUUGACACUGCAGUCCUCAUUACUAAACAUGAUACCAACAAAUAG